UCACAUGACAGCCUAGUUCUCCGCACUACACUCAUGAUAACACUCAACCUCAUCACCAACUCCUCAAUAAAUCCCCAGCUACAUUCCAUACGAUAGAAGCCAUCUCAUAAAACAAAAGGUAAAUUAAGCCUGGCACUGAAUAGAAUGUCCCUCCCAAAUACCUGGUAUUUACGUCGAGUGGCCGACACAGCCGCCAAAGCGUGCCUGAUCUGUUACAAACCCUCGAGCAGUGUGCUGAUCACGCCAGAUAACAAGGAUUUCUUUUACGUAUGUCCCGCCCACUUGAAGGAUCGCAAUUUCUGCUCGCCUGUUGUGGACACGGAAGAGCAGCAGGCCAAGAAGAAGCAGGAUGCUAUGGCUUUGGAGAUUGAAAAGGUAAAGAAGGAGUACGAGGAGAAGCAGAAAAAGAAGAAAGAAAAGGAACAGGAAAAGGAGAAAGAGAAGAAGGCAACCGAUGAUAAUGCCAAGGAGAAAGACGAUCAAAGCAAGACGGAUAAGAAUAAGGAUGGCAGUGACAAGAGUGAUGAGAAGGAGAGGGAUGACAAGAUCGAUUCCAUCAGAAAAUCAGAUACAACUGGUGUAUCCACGCCCACGUCGGAUGACUCGCCUCGGAUAUUUUCUUUACAUAAAAACUUCUACCAAAUGCGCAUUGACAGACUGCGCAAUAUGGAAAUGGCAAAGAGAAACCGUCAACGAUUACAAGAUCCUUCACUCUUCCCAUCUGUUCCUUCCGGGGGUAUUUGAAUUACACGGCAGCGCAGAUCGAUCAUAUCAGUUUUGGCCCGACUGACGUGACGUUUGCAAUCCCAGCGUCAGCGGGAGAAGGCGUUGUUAUUUUUUCUUUUUCUUUUUUUCGACGAGGCUACCUAUGACGCGCCUUCUUCAUGACGAUCUCUGAUAUGGAUUUGAAAGAUUGUUGGACGACGAUACAUGGCUGUUUACCUUUGGACGAUGAAACG